UGUGAAUCAGCAUUGCUAAAUGAAGCAUAAGAGCUGCACCCAGCCUAGUGUACCUUAAGAAUCUAAACAUUAUCGAGGACUAAGAAGAAACCCUUACUGUUACUACUGCAAGAUUUAAGAAACCACCAUGAAUGCCUCUGAUCCCAUCACGCUGGUUCUGUCCAUCAUUUUGUGCCUUUUUCUUGCCGUGUUUUUCUAUGGACGGAAAAGAAACGCUCAUUAUAAUCUGCCCCCCGGACCCAGACCGUUACCAAUCAUUGGAAACCUGCACAUUCUAGACCUGAAGAAACCGUAUCUGACACUUCAUCAGCUGUCCAGGAAGUAUGGACCGAUAUAUACCAUAAAAUUAGGAGAAGAGAAAGUCGUUGUAUUGUGUGGAUAUGAUGCAGUGAAAGACGCCCUUGUCAAUCAUGCAGAUGAGUUUUCAGGAAGACCAAAAGUGCCUCUUUUUGAUGAAAUAAUAAAAGGACACGGUGUUAUUUUUGCUGACAAUGAGAAUUGGAAAGUGAUGAGACGAUUCACUCUGUCAACACUUCGAGAUUUUGGAAUGGGAAAGGAAGCUAUUGAAAACAAGAUUUCUGAAGAGGCUGAUUUUUUGGUAAAGAGGUUCAGAUCUUACAAAGGAGAACCCUUUGAUAACAUCAUGAUUAUAAACGCAGCUGUAGCCAACAUUAUAGUCUCCAUCUUACUGAGUCAUCGAUUUGACUAUGAAGAUCCUGCACUUCUGAGGCUGUUAAAGAUUACUAAUGAAAAUAUCCGAUUGAUUGGAACUCCAAUGGCUCUGCUGUAUAAUGCGUAUCCCUCUGUGAUGACCUGGUGUUCUACAGUCCAAAACACAGUGGCCAAGAAUGUGGGUGAAAUGCAUACGUUUAUUCGUGAAACCUUCACCAAGCAGAAAAAAAUACUGGAUGUAAAUGAUCAGAGGAAUCUCAUCGACUCGUUCCUGGUGAAACAAAAAGAGGAAAAACCAAAUCCUGAAUUAUACUUCACCAAUGAAAACCUAACAAAGCUUGUAACAGACCUCUUUGGUGCUGGAAUGGAAACAACCUCAACUACUCUGAGAUGGGGUCUUCUGCUGAUGAUGAAAUAUCCAGAAAUCCAAAGAAAGGUCCAAAGUGAGAUUGAGAAAGUUAUUGGGUCAGCUGAGCCCCAAGUGAGUCAUCGUAAACUCAUGCCCUAUACUGAUGCAGUCAUCCAUGAGAUUCAACGUUUUGGAAACAUUGUUCCAGCCAACCUGCCACACGCUACUACUCAAGAUGUCAACUUCCGGGGAUAUCUCCUGCCAAAAGGGACAUACGUGAUACCGCUACUGACCUCUGUACUCUACGACAAGGAUCAUUUCGCAAAAGCUGAUGAGUUUUACCCGGAUCACUUUCUGGAUUCCAGUGGAAAUUUUGUUAGAAAAGAAGCAUUCAUGCCCUUCUCAGCUGGUAAAAGAAGUUGUGCUGGAGAGAGUUUGGCCAAAAUGGAGCUGUUCCUGUUCUUUACAAGACUACUGCAGAACUUGACAUUCCAGGCUCCUCCUGGGGCUGCACUAGACCUCACUGCUGCAGUUGGAUUUACAGCUGGGCCACUGCCCCAUAAGAUAUGUGCUAUACCCCGUGUAUAACCUAUGAGUGUCACUUGCAUUGAAUAUUUAAAUAAUUGUCUACUGAGGUUUGUGAUUAACAUUUGCAAAGGUGACAGACUGUAGCCCACUAUUUUUCCUACUUGUAUCCUGAAUAAAUAUUCAUAUGUAUGUCUACAAUC